AUGGCCUGUAAUACGCGCAAAAAAGCCAUUCCACACACCCUUGUUCCCAAACUACUUUCUAUCCCCUUAUUCUUGAAUAUCGAUACCAAAUUCACGACAGAGUCGGAGCUUUCCACCGAAGAAAUGGGCAUUCCUAUGGCUACUGAUGUGACUACAUCUCCGCGAGAGGUGCACGAGAAGCUCGAGUAUAAGCAGCCAUUGGAGUUUGACGAAAACGACCGCACCAACGUGAAUCAAAUCUUUAUACGCGUAGUGGUUUCGAGAGGCACAAUUCGGCCAUUGAACCUGAUGCCACUGACAGCGAUCAUCGCAGAAUUGGAUGGUCGAAUGGCCUUGGGGAUGUAUGCCAAUGCGAGAGAAGAACCUACCCCUGACUUUGUGGUGAAGAAGAUAACAUUCGAUCUUCAAUAUCUAAAUAUGGAGCCGGAAAUGAUCACCGCCGCUCAUGUCUUCCACGUAGUGCGGGAUAUUCUUUACGAGCAAGCAAGAUCCGGUCGUACACCCAACUUGACCUCUUUGGAACUGACCUAUGAGAAGCCUGAUGGAACCUGGACCUUUCUCAAAAUUGAAUAG